AUGACUACAAGAGAAGUAGAUUUCAACACAAAACCGGAGAGCAGCACGGGCGAUGAUGGCAAAAUUUCUUCAUCCAGUCCAACAUCUUGGUCCAGGUUAAAGGAUCCACGAAUUGUACGAGUAUCACGAGCAUUUGGAGGAAAAGAUAGGCAUAGCAAAGUCUGUACUGUAAGGGGCCUCAGAGACCGGCGCGUAAGGCUUUCUGUUCCUACUGCAAUACAAUUAUACGAUCUUCAAGAUCGGUUAGGGCUCAAUCAGCCAAGCAAGGUGGUUGAUUGGUUGCUUAAUGCUGCAAAGAAUGAAAUUGAUGAACUUCCUCCUCUUCAAAUCCCUCCAGGGUGCUUUAGCCAAAACCUUCAUCCAAUGCUAAAUUCUCAUGAAUUUAGACCUCCUCAAUCUGGUAGAGAAGUCCUAAAGACGAGCAGCGGUAUCAACUGGAACGAACCCUUAAAACAAUCCCGAAGAGAUCUAUGGGGGGACAAGUCUAAGGAUGUUUCUGGAGAAACAACUAUGGCAAGAAGUGAAGAAGAAAAACAAUGUAACCUCGAGAGCGAAGAAGCAUAUGUUUCUGCAAACAAUCUUUUUCCGAGGCCCUGUCAAUCUUCUCUCCCAGGUGUGCUAAACAAUGCAAUGCCAUAUAAUCCUUUUCUCAGAUGGGAUCCUUCGAAUUUGUCGUUAUCGCAUUCGCGAAGUGCUGGAUUGACAGUCCAACCAGAAGAUUUCCACAACUUCAACCUUGUGCCAUUGCCUUCUUCAGCGGUGUCUGUCCCAUCAGGUUCUCACCAGGUUCUUGUUUAUCAACCUAGAAUGACACAAUCUUAUUUUCCUUCUCCAGAAGAAUUUGAUCCAAAACAUGUUGACUUUCAGAUGUUGAAUCCCAGUUCCCAAUUAUCAAAUUCCCUUACUUCACCAGUUCACUCCACAACUGAACCUGUUAGACCAUUCCAUUUCAGCAUGACAGCUAGUCUUCUCCCUACCCAAAACAAUGGUGGAAGGGAGCCAAACAAACCUGACGAAUUCAAUGACCCCGUCUAA